AUGUCAGCUCGUGAUUCAGUAGACUAUGUGUCUCAGGAUCGAAUCAGCCAGCUUGCCCGUACUUAUUGGCUUACAAGUCAACAAUCAGUAAAAUCUAGUCAGUCUUCAGCGCCUACAACAGGUAAAGAUGCAUGCGGACCUUUCCAGCCAAAAAUUACGGAGAAAAUUUACCGCGAGGAAUUAUUAUCUUCCGGAUUUUCACAUCGUAGAUGUUUGGCUCUUGAACUGAAUCAGUAUCUAGAACAAUGGCUUUGGCCACACUUCGAUGCAGACAAAAGCAGUCGUGCGCACGUAUUAUCAAUAUGUGCAAUGGUCAAUGAAAAAGCUCGUGGACGUGUCCCAAUAUGGCCGACUUUCGUAGAGUCGGCAGAUAAAUUUAGUGGACUUAUUCAACGUGUACUGCAUAUCUUGGUUGAUGAAUCUUCAAAUAUACUGGCUGCCAACCCAUUUCUCAGUGAUGAUAUAGAUCCAAAUUCUUCUAAUGAUAAUGGCGUUAAGAAUGAACAGCAACAGAACACUGAAAAAUCACUAAAUCCAGUACAACAGAAGAAAUGCAUUCUGGAACAUAUAGUUCUUAUCAUUUUCUUAUCACAUUGUUUUACAAACUUAGCUGAAGUUGGUGUCCUAAGACGUAGUCUUCGUGAAUUAUACAGUCUAGCUAUAUGGCAGGAUCAUCUUCAACCAAGUCGGUUAAGUGUUGAAUUGAAAUCUCAUCCACGAUAUGCUCGACUACUGAAGAAGUUGCAAAAGUAUCGUGAGACCAAGGUGACAGCUGAAGAAAGAGAUAAAAUGAUUUUUCAGCAUUCAUUUAUCCCAAGAAUUUUGGAUGUAUUUCUAACUUUAUUGAAUUCUAUACCUGAGAAAGAUGAAAAUAAGCCUAUAGAACCAUUAUUGAUUCACUAUUUGGAACGUUUCAUUUUAUUACUCAUCGAUUUGGAAAGUAUGCUGCUUACACGUCGAAUUCUCAAUGUUGUUCUUGAUGAUAGACAUGUUGUUGUCUAUUGUCAAAGAUCUGCUCUUAUCAAACGUCCUGAUGGAAAACUCUUCUCAGAAUUAGUCGACUUGUUGGCAUUCUAUGCACAUUUUCAUAUUGAUGAAAGUACUGGUGAACCAUUGGAUGAAUCAGAAAUGGACAAAAAACAUUGUGCAAAACUGAGUGAUCUUCAAUUGAAAGCUUUUGGAUUCCAUAAAGAUAAACUUCUUCCGUUCGCUGUUUCACAUCCUGCUGGUAUUGAAACUGCUCAACUGUUGCGUAAACAUCUGUCUGUUUUGAACAGAGACCAGCUCUAUCAUAUGGCAUCGUGUUUUGGUUUAGUUGAAUUGAAGAAAGAAACUAAUGAAGAAGAUGUCGAGAAGACAUCACAAGAGGAUGACAAUAAUAACAAUGAUAAUGAUGAACAACAAAGGCCUGGAAAACGACCUCGUCUAGAUAAUGACGCCAAUGAAACAAAUCAAUUAAACCUAGAACGUUUAAGAGAUAAACUGGAGUCUAGGCAUAUGGAUAAAGAUAUGAUAAUUCGGAUUUUAAUUCAUCAUUUUGCUCGUCGUCAAUCAGAAUUGGAGUAUAUUAACAGUUUAUCAUUGUAUCCUACAGAAGAAUUAAUCUGGGAUGAGAAUCAUGUCCCAACAGAGUAUUAUUCUGGUGAAAAUUGUUUAGCACUACCAAAGUUGGGUUUACAAUUCCUAACCUUACAAGAUUACUUACUGAGAAAUUUCAACUUGUUUCGUUUAGAGUCAACGUAUGAAAUUCGGCAGGAUAUUGAAGAUGCUAUUGUCCGCCUGAAAGCCUGGCGAGGUGAAUUCGGUCAAGCAGUAUUUGAUGGUUGGUCAAGAAUGGCAUUACCAAUACAAGCAUUCAAUAUUGUUGAAGUUGCUAAACCCGACCUAGGUUCAAAGCAUCCAGCACGUGUACGUGCUGAUGUUCGUGUAGCGCUUGCUGGUCUUCGUCCAGAUAUUCGUAAAGAAUGGCUUGGUCUACGACGACAUGAUCCAGUUUUCUUGGUUACAAUAAGGCCAACUCAACCAAAAGGAUGGAAAUUUAAUGUGAAUGAACCAUUUGCUCCACAAGUUGGUUUGCAUUAUGUUCGUGGUUGUGAAAUUGAAGGUCAAGUGGAUAAAGAAGGCAAAUUAGUAUCAGAUGAAGAACGUCUCGGUUUUUUGCCAUUGAAAGGUGAAAAACCAAGUCUAGUCGAAACUCUGCCUACCUGGCGUGUACGCUUAGAUCCUGUCCAAUAUCAAGUUGAUUUAGAUCGAUUAAAAGCUGAACAAAUGCGUGGUGAAGUGAUACGAUCUAAAGUGAUUCGUGCUAAACGUGAAGGACGUACACCUGAAGAGAUUAAAGCGCUACAAGCUCAAGCAGAUGACGCUGAUCAGGCUUCACCUGAAGAUUUAUACGAUACAUUCAAUGUUUUAAUUAGACGUAAACCAAAGGAGAAUAAUUUUAAAGCUGUACUAGAAACGAUAAGGGAUCUUAUGAAUAUAAAAUCUGUUGUCCCUGAAUGGCUGUUAGAUUUGUUGAUGGGUUAUCUAGAUCCAGCUGCAGCUCACUACACACAUCGUCCAGAUGUUUAUGAACCGAAACAAAAUUGGUUUGAUACAUUUUUAUCACCAGAGCACUUGAGAAAUUCACUAUCACAUCGUAAAUGGAAAUCAUCCAACGGUGGAAAUGAAAGUUCUAUGAUGAUUGAUGAUUCCACAGAUCCACCAGGACCACCAUAUCGACUUAUUUUUCCAAAAUUAGAAAAUGAUCCAACAGCAAAAGUUGAAGCAAUGAUUCCAUCAGACAUGAUAAUACAAAAUCAUCAUUCAAACGAUAAAAUGUCAACUGAUCACUCAAGUUCAAGUAAUAAAUUAAAAAAUGAUGAUGCUUAUGAGAAACCGUGUUUAACUGUUGAAGCCUAUGAUCCCCCACUUCAUCCACCAUGGGAUCUACUUACUCAAGCUGGUGGUCAUCUACCCAGCAGUCAUUUAUCAUUAGGCGCCAACAGUUCUAAGCCUGGUAAUAAAGUACCAUUUACUUCAGCACAAGUAGAGGCUAUUCGAUCUGGAAUGCAAUGUGGUCUUACCUUAGUAGUUGGUCCACCUGGGACUGGAAAAACUGAUGUGGCUGUACAGAUUAUUCAUAAUUUGUAUCAUAAUUAUCCUAAUCAAAGAAUUCUUAUUGUAACACAUUCAAAUCAAGCAUUGAAUCAGUUAUUUGAAAAGAUUAUCGCACUAGAUGUUGAUGAACGUCAUCUUCUACGUUUAGGUCAUGGUGAAGAAGGAUUAGAUACAGAGAAAGAUUUUUCACGUUAUGGUCGUGUAGAUUACAUUCUAGCUAAACGUAUACAUCUUUUACAAGAAGUUACACGUCUAGCGAAAACGUUCAGCCCAUCGUCAGCUGUUCCACAACCUUCAACUGAUCUGUCUAACUCUGAUUCAUCUGAUCCAAUGAACAAUAUUCAUUUACAAACAUGUGAAACAGCACAAUACUUUUAUGUUCAAGAGGUUUUAUCACGUUGGGAAGAUUUUAUCAGUAAAGUGGCAUCAAACAAUCCACACUGGAUAGCAUCAGCACAACAAAAUCAGUCAACAUCUCAGCCAGCCACAGAGAUGGCUUAUGAUCCUAGUUUAAUUCGUAAUGAUUUUCCAUUCACAGAAUUUUUCACAGGUCAAAAAACACCAUCAGAAGAGAUUAUGUGUCGACUUUUCCCUGGUCGAAAUCUGUUGGAAGAUGUUGCACUUGCUCAAACAUAUUUCCGUCAUCUUCAUUCAAUAUUUACCCAACUAGAUGAAUUCCGUGCCUUCGAAUUAAUGCGUACUGGUACUGAACGGGCGAAUUACCUGCUAAUACAAGAAGCGAAAAUCGUAGCUAUGACGUGUACACAUGCUGCAUUACGUCGAAGAGAUUUAGUCCAGCUAGGCUUUACCUAUGAUACAAUUCUAAUGGAAGAAGCUGCACAAAUUCUAGAAAUUGAAACUUUCAUCCCACUACUAUUACAAAAUCCUGAUAUAUCAGGUAGAAAUCGUUUGAAACGUUGGAUUAUGAUUGGUGAUCAUCAUCAGUUGCCGCCAGUGGUAAAAAAUCAAGCCUUUAAUAAUUAUUCUAAUAUGGGUCAAUCAUUGUUCACUCGUCUAGUAAAACUUGGUGUACCAACCGUACAGUUGGAUGCACAAGGUCGUGCACGACCAUCCCUAUCUCGUUUAUACAGUUGGCGAUAUGAUCAGUUAACUGAUUUACCGCAUACAUUAAGUGAAUCUCAGUAUCGUUUAGCUAAUCCAGGCUUCAAAUAUGAUGUACAGUUGAUAAAUGUUGAAGAUUAUAAAGGUGUUGGUGAAUCUGAGCCAAGUCCAUACUUUUAUCAAAAUCUUGCUGAAGCUGAAUAUGUCGUCGCCGUCUAUAUGUAUAUGCGUAUAUUAGGCUAUCCAGCAGAGAAAAUCACCAUCCUCACUACAUACAAUGGUCAAAAACAUUUAAUUCGUGAUGUAAUCGCUGCACGUUGUUCACAAAAUCCACUGUUGGGCAAUCCGAGUAAAGUAACAACUGUAGAUCGUUUUCAAGGUCAACAAAAUGACUACAUUCUAGUAUCAUUAGUACGUACACGUACUGUUGGGCAUUUACGUGAUGUCCGACGUCUGGUUGUCGCAUUAUCUCGUGCUCGACUGGGUUUAUAUAUCUUCGCCAGGAUAGAUCAAUUCUCUAAUUGUCCUGAAUUGAAACGAGCAUUUGACUUGCUAUUGAAUCGUUUGCCAGGGGAACAAAUGAAACCAAUUGAAUUACAUUUAACACCUUGGGAAAUAUGGAUGGAUCCACGCAGUUCAAUGGCUUUAGCAACACAACGUAUGCAAACUGAUUGUCUUGAUCGAUCUCCACUAGUCAUUAAAGAUAUGCCACAUAUGAGUGCUUAUGUUCGUGAGUUAUACGAUCAGAAGUUGGAAUAUUUAAUGACUCAAUUACAACAACAACAGCAGCAACAAGCUAAAGCGAAAUUAACAGCAACUGUUGAUAAAUCAUUGAAAAUUACUGAUGUCAACAGUAUACCACCGAUCGACACUACUGCCACCACCUCCGCCUCGACAACGACAAUCACGCUACCGCCGUCACUUUCAAAUACGGAUCCGGAUGAUAAACAACAGCAACAACAAGAAAGCCAAAAAAUGGAUGUUGAUAAUAAUGAAGUCAGCGAGACUAGUCAACCGACGGAGAGUAGAGACGAUGCAUCCAUUGCGGGCUCUGUUGUCGAUACAACUACAGACGUUAAUGAUAAUAAUACUGCACCCGUGAAUGAAGAAGCUGUUCAAACACCCAUGGAUACCACAGAUAAUAAUAAUAAUAACAAUAAUGACAAUAAUUAG